AUGCGGCUCUUCUCUUCUUUAUGUCUGCUAUUACUUGCUUUGCUGAGCGUGGUAUCUGGCAGAAGCGCAGUCGGAGACAGAGUGCUUGUCAUCCUCGAGGAUGAAUCGCAGAAGGGUCUCUACUCAAAGUUUUGGGCUGAUUUGGAAGACCGAGAUUUUAAACUGUCCUUCGAAUCGCCUCGGAAUGAGCAAUUGUCGCUGUUCAGGCAUGGCCAGUUGGCCUACGAACAUUUAAUCCUAACACCGCCAAAGUCCAAGGGCUAUGGACCGACGCUGACGCCCAAGAUCCUCCUCGACUAUGUCAACGCAGGCGGAAACGUCCUGCUCGGCCUCUCCUCUGAGUCCGGCACUCCCUCUGCCGUUUCGUCCCUCCUCCUUGAAUUCGAUAUCUCAUUAUCUCCCGACAAACAUUCCAUUGUCGUCGAUCAUUUCAAUUAUGACAAAGUCUCUGCGGCUGAAAAACAUGAUGUUCUGCUGGUUGAGCGCCCCGGACAGCUGCGGCCAGACGUGGUCAAUUUCUUUGGGGGCGAGGGCACAUUGGCUGUACCGAGAGCGGUAGGGCAGACACUGGGGCCCGCGAUCCCGCUAAUUGCACCCAUUCUCAAAGCGCCCAUGACGGCAUAUGCAUACAACCCCGGGGAGGAGGCGCAGAGCGUCGAGGAGCCGUUCGCAACUGGAUCCCAGCUGAAUAUCGUCUCUGCAAUGCAGGCUCGCAAUUCCGCUCGGUUCACCGUUCUCGGGUCAUUGGAAAUGCUGCAGGACAAAUGGUUCGGCGCAACUGUGCAGUUGCCGGGCGGCAAGACCAGCAAGACCGUCAACCAAGAAUUCGUGAAACAGUUGACGGAAUGGACGUUCCAAGAAGUCGGUGUGCUCAAGGUCUUCUCGGUCCAGCACUACCAGAUCACCACGGCGAGCGAGCCUUCCCAGAACACCACGCAGAUUUGGGAAUACAACCCCGAAAUGUAUCGGAUCAAAAACGAUGUGAAAUUCUCCAUCGAAAUUGGCCAGUAUGAUCGCACGCACUACGUUCCGUUCGUCGUCCCCGACACAGAUGCGCUCCAGCUCGAGUUCACAAUGCUCUCGCCAUUCCACCGACUCCCACUCACCCCGUCCACUACGACCGACAACAGCACCAUCUACAGCACGACCUUCACCACGCCGGACCAACACGGCAUUUUCGCCUUCAAGGUCAACUACAAGCGACCGUUCUUGACGCCGAUCGAGGAGCGACACCAGGUCACCGUCCGGCAUUUUGCGCAUGACGAGUGGCCGCGCUCGUGGGCAAUCACCGGUGCCUGGCCUUGGGUCGGUGGAUUGUGGAGCGUCAUUGUUGGAUUUUUGCUGUUCGUUCUUUUGUGGCUCUACAGUGAGCCGCCGAAGGAGGAGAUUGAGAGGCGGCGGGCGCUGAGCGUGAGCACGUCUUGA